AUGGCGUCGUCAUCUCUAUCCUCGAUUCUCAGAGCUCGCUUCUCCUUCACUCUCGGGAAGGUCCGCCGUCCUUCUCCCUUCGUUUCAUUCCCCAAAUCCCUAACCCUAAACCCCUCUUCCCACGCCGUCCGAACCCUCUCGACCGCCACGCCGGCCGACGGUUCCCAGUGGCCGAAUCCCCAUCAGCCGUCGUCUCCGUCGAUCAAUUUCAACCAGAGCCAUGACAAUCACUGGUCCUCUGGGAACAAUGAUUUCAGAAAUCCCGGCGGCCCGAAGAACAAUAAUUUCCAGUACCAGGGCGGCGGCGGCGGCUACCCGAAUAGCGGGAUGAAUCAGGGUUACUCGAAUCAAGGAAGUUUCAAUUCGGGCCCGACCGAUUAUGUGCAUGGAGGUACAAACCCUGGGCCAAACUAUUCGAAUCAGGGUUUCCAGCAGAACCAUAAUUAUUCUAAUCCUCCGCGUGGAAACAGCAACGAAUGGGGAAAUUCUAAUCAAGAUCAAGGAUACGCCCAUAAUUCGAACCCGGAUUUGGAAAGGAAUCGUCGUCAUCAUCAUCCUCAGGGAGGAUAUCAGAACCAGGGUUAUCCACAGAACCCUAAUCGGACCCAGAACUACCCAAACGGAGGUGUCGAUCAAUGGACGAGUAAUUACAACCAAGGCCCCAACAAUGGGUUCCAUGCCCAACAGCAGAGCCAGAGUCAGUGGGUUCAACGUGGCCCGAUUGCAGGAACUAAUCAGGCUCAGGCUCAGAGCCAUGGUGUGGCCACAAGGGACCAAGAUCAGCCGCCUAAAGUCGUGGAUUUACUGAGUUUGUGCCAUGAGGGUAAGGUGAAGGAGGUAAUCGAACACAUGGAGAAGGGCGUGCUUGCAGAUGCUGAGUGCUUUAGCUUGCUUUUCCAGCUGUGCGCGCAUCCGAAAAAGCACGGGGACGCGAAGCAGGUGCACGACUAUUUCCUGAGGUCGACUUUCAGGAGCGAACUGCGGUUGAUCAACAUGGUGCUUGAUAUGUACAUCAAGUGUGGGAGCAUGGUAGAUGCACGCCGGGUGUUCGAUCAUAUGCCUGAAAGGAGCAUGGAUUCAUGGCACCUGAUGAUCAAUGGGUAUGCUACAAACGGGCUUGGUGAUGAUGGGCUGGCCCUGUUUGAACAGAUGAGGAAUUUGGGCCUGCGCCCGACCCACCAGACUUUUCUUGCUGUCUUGGAAGCCUGCGCAACUGCCGAAGCCAUUGAAGAGGGAUUCAUAUAUUUCAAAUCCAUGGAAACCGAACAUGGCAUCUCCCCAGGAAUCGAACACCAUCUGGCCCUUUUAGGCGUGAUUGGGAAAUCGGGCCACUUGGCGGAGGCCAUCGCAUACAUCGAAACACUCCCAUUCGAGCCCACGGAUAAAGUCGUUUUUUGGGAGGCACUAAUGAACUACGCCCGAAUGCAUGGUGACAUUGAGCUCGAAGAUCAUGUGGAGGAGCUUAUUGUCGAUCUUGACCCGUCUAAGGCAGUCAAGGACAAAAUUCCAAAACCGCCCCCGAAAAAGCAAAUGGCCAUCAACAUGCUGGUCGGGAGGAACAGGAUAACCGAGUUUCGAAACCCUACUCUUUACAAAGACGAUGAGAAACUUCGUGAGGCGCAAAAGCAGCAGGCUUAUGUGCCUGAUACACGUUAUGUCCUUCACGAUAUUGACCAAGAGGCUAAAGAACAGGCUUUGCUGUACCACAGUGAACGCCUGGCGAUUGCUUAUGGACUGAUCUGUACUCCGGCGCGGACCCCACUGAGGAUCAUCAAGAACCUGCGUGUUUGCGGUGACUGCCACAAUUUUAUCAAGAUUAUGUCGAGGAUAGUUGGACGAGAGCUGAUUGUGAGGGAUAACAAGAGGUUUCAUCAUUUUAAGGAUGGGAAGUGCUCGUGCAAUGACUACUGGUAA